AUGUUUUCUGACGAAGUUCAUUUUUGUUGUGACAUCCUCAACCACAGUUGCGUGAAAAUAUCUCCGAAUUCUCCGAAGAAAAGAAAUAAUGCCUCCAAGAACGCGGGAGCAGCAAAUAAAUCCGCCCGUGAUCUUGCCCGAGACACAGCAGCAAAACAAAAUGGCGCUCGUAAACGUGCAAAGCUCUACAACCAGGGAUAUUUAUUGGAAGCUCUCAAUGAAGCGAUGUCCAAGAGGAAUGGUGCCGGUUUCACCAAUAGUGGCCUUGUAUUUGUAGCGACAAACACCGCUAGAAGCACGACAGAGGACAAUGGGCAAAGAUAUUCCGACCCAUUGAAUUUAAGCCAAAAGGCAGUUCAGGUAGACAAAAAUCAGUAUGCCGAAAAACCCCGCUUCCUUCUGGUCGCCAGGAAUUCACCUUGCGAAACUUCGGUGCCGGUGCGGUGGCAAAGUAAACUUAAAAGCACUUGA